CGCCUGUCCCCGAAAACUCCGUUACCCAUCAUGCACCACAAUGGAGUGACGUCACGCCAUAGUUUUCAUCAGGAAGCGGAACCAUAAAAGUUGUUUCCCCCUCGCCUUUGUUGUGUUAAACCCUCCGUUUUCUCGUCUGAGCUCGGCUUUUAAGGAAACAUUAUGAACCUUGAACGGAUUCCAAACGAGGAGAAGCUUAGCCUCUGCAGAAGAUACUACUUGGGUGGCUUCGCUUUUCUCCCCUUCCUCUGGUUGGUGAACGUUCUGUGGUUUUUCAGAGAAGCGUUUUUAAAGCCCUCGUACACGGAGCAAUCCCAAAUAAAAUCAUAUGUAAAGAGGUCUGCUCUGGGGCUCAUAGUGUGGGUGGCUGUGCUGACGACGUGGAUCACCAUAUUCCAGCAUUUCAGAGCACAGUGGGGUGAGGUGGGAGACUACCUCUCCUUCACCAUUCCCCUCGGCACAGCCUGAUCACAUCCCAUGCGUUACCGUACCCGUUUCCAUUUUGGCUAUUUUUUCUCCUCCCAUCGACAAGAUGUUCCUCGGCUAAUUUUACCACUGUCGUCGCAUAGUCUGGAUCUGUCUGGGAGUUGUGGUAUUUUGUGGACCGAUGAAAUCGUUUUGUUGAUCGAGUGACAUAAUAUGGACACGAAUGCACCAUGCUAAAGCGCAGGAGUUUAUUUCCAGCACUACUACUGCUUCUUAUUUCCUGUUCCUUUUUUCUUUAGUUUUAGCUGAGAUGUUUGUUGUAUUUGAGAUCGCGCAUUCACAUUAACUCUGACCUCUGUCGAUGCAUUGAAAAGAAUGUAUGAC